CCCCUUUCCCGUGAUGACGUUGCUCUUGCUCGGGAAUUAGUGCUCUAUGGAAGUUAAAGCAAUGGCAGAACAUUUGAUUGCCGUGGCGCUUUUGUGGCUCUCGGUUUUGUUGUGUUGUGCCUGCACCCUUGGAUCAGAAAUCAGUUUUGUCACGUGCGGCUCGGUGGUGAAGCUGUUGAACGUUAAGCACAACGUCCGGCUUCAUUCUCACGACGUGCGCUACGGCUCUGGUAGCGGCCAGCAGUCGGUAACUGGAGUGACCACAGUGGAAGACAGCAACAGUUACUGGAGUGUGCGUGGCACCAGUGGUAUAGGUUGUCAUCGAGGGACUCCAGUUAGAUGUGGCCAGAAUAUUAGGCUCACACACACGAACACGGGCCGAAAUCUGCACAGCCACUACUUUGCAUCUCCACUGUCGUCCAACCAGGAAGUCAGUGCAUUUGGAGAAGAUGGUGAAGGUGACCAUCUGGAUGAGUGGACUGUGCUCUGUGGGGGUUCGGUUUGGCAGCGUGACGAGUCGGUGCGUUUCCAGCACACUGCCACUGAAGCGUUACUGUCAGUGACUGGGGAGCAGUACGGCAGACCCAUCCAUGGCCAGAGAGAAGUGCACGCGAUGACCAGCAGCAGCCAGCACAGCUACUGGAAAGCCAUGGAGGGCAUUUUCAUGAAACCCAGUGAAACGGGACACAAAGAUUUCAGUAGUUCAAUACACACUGAGUUCUGACUGCUUUGACUCCAACAGUCUGUCUGACAGCACGGUUCAUCCUUCACAUUUUGUUCUGUCAUUUUUGUUGCAAGAAAAUCUCAGCAAAAGGAUUCAAUGCUUAGAAUGGAAGAAAUCGCAUUAUUCCGACUGCACGAUGAAAUGGAGACACUUCAAACAAAAUCCUUUUCUAUGAAGACAAUUAAAUUCAUCCUUAUUGAACAUAGUGAAAUAAGGGGUUUAUCCACAGCAGUAUUUAUGGUUAGCACAGCGUGAAGUACCUUGGAAAUGAAUGUAUUUGCCAUGUAUACAGUUGAGGGCAAAAGUUUGCAUACCAUUAGGACACAGUGGAUAUUAUUAUAUUUAUUUCCUCUUUAUCACAACUUCAUUUUCUUAUGAUCUUGACAUAACGAACAGUUUCCUCGUAAUCAGUACUUCAUCUUGCUGUGUAUUCAGCAUGAGCCUGUUCUAAAGGCAGCAUCAUUGCAGCAUAAUGGAUGUCCGCAUUUGCGAUUACUUUGUUUCGACACUUUAGACUUUAUCGCCAAAGACAACGCCGGACCCCUCUCUCUCAGUGCAGAGAUAAAAUCCAUAUUUGAUGCGUGAAAUGAGUAACUUUAAAAGAGAUUUCAGACACCAAAUCGUACUCCAUGAUAUACACCAGAAAUAUUCACAAGGCGUGAGAUUUUCUUGUAAUGUAACGAUACAAGUCAAUGAGAAAACAAGUUUUUUAUGUUGAGAUCAUGGAAAAAAAAAAGUGAUGGCGAGAAAACAAUAAAGAAAAAAAUAUUAUAAUGCGUACCCUUCACAUAUCACGGCCAAAAAAAUCCUUGAGUCCAAAAUAAGUAAGAAAAACACUUUUUCAUUAGACAAUAUUUUUUUGGUAGAUAAUUUAUAAAAUAAACAAUGCAAAAACCAUGUUUGGAGGAUACAAUCAUUUGCACACAACUGCAUAUAUCCUCCCAUUUAAAACUUUAGCAUGUAUUUCCUGUUAUUCAUAUAUUUUCCUUCAUAACUUUCAUCUCUCACACAAGAAACACUGCAGUAUAGCUGCCUUAUUGUGUAUUAUUACAGUAUUAUUUAUUUUAUUGUGAACUCUGUUGCUCAGUGUUUGAAUGAUUUCCCCCCUAGUAUUCUUUGAGCUGUCUACAUAAUGAUCUUUAUGCUUUUAUUUAUUGGGCUACUAGUUUGUCCACUGCACACUAUUCAGUAUUAUUAUGAGUUGACAUGAUGUGGAGAAAAAAGCAAAUUAAGAACAUUGAGAUAAAUAGGUAAACAAUGGACAGGUGAUGGAUUGAAUUUGAUUCAGAGCUUUUUUUUGUCCAAUUGCUGGCUGUAUUUUCGAUUCAGCUUGAGAUUGCAUACAUUUUAACCCAUAAAAACCUUAGGAAAGCAAAUAAAAAAGACAGCAUUGUUUUGCAUCCAUCACACAAUGCUUAGUAUUGGAUGAAUUGCACUUCCCCCUUCAAACUGAUUAGAUUCUGCAUAUGUGAACACGUGACAUAACGCUACAACUUUCAGAUAUGCAUUUUGUUACUAUAAGGUCAUUUUAAAGGCAAAAACACUAAUGGUGUUAUCAUCCUGGAUUUGGCUGAACUGAGACGCUUCAGUUUGUUCCUUUUUCUCUCUUCUUCUUUAAGUACUUUUUUUAAAUUUAUUUUUAAAUAAUGUCUUACUCAACAGGCUACUUGGCUGAGUGGCCAUAUUCACAAUCUCUGUUAUUAAAGGUUCCAAGUGUCCCAAGAUUUUCAGAUAUACAGUUCAGAUUUCUUUCAUGUUGUCAUGUGAAUGUAUUCUAAUUAGCCACAUUGUGUCAAAGCAUUUUUUUUUCUACAUUUUUGUACCAAUUUGUUUUACAUUUAUAGCACCUUUUCCAAGAGUGCCAAUCAUUCUGAAGCUGACUGUAAUUAGACGAACUACAGUUUGUAAUACAUAUUGCUGGAUUUACACAUGGUGCUAUCAAGACCUGAUUUUAAGACAGUUUUAAAAUAAAGCUCGUUGAAUUUAAA